CAGAGAUCAGGGCGGGCUGAGAGCAGCCUGAACCCGCUGUGCGAACAGUCACUUAGUGUCGUAUCGUGCGAGAGGCGAGUAAAGUGCUCCCAGAAGGAUCGAUACUUGUCUUUGGGAAUAUAAUAUUCUAUUUUACUGAUCGUUUGAAUCUCUCUAAUCGGAUUCACUUACAUCUGUGAAUACGAGCAAUUCAUCUGACCCGCUGCUGAACAGGAGGUGGUAAAGCGAUGAAUAAGCUACGGCAGAGUUUCCGGCGAAAGAAAGACGUGUAUGUGCCGGAGUCCAGCCGACCGCACCAGUGGCAGACAGAUGAGGAGGCUGUACGCGGGGGAAAGUGCAGCUUUGCUGUCAAGUAUCUGGGACACGUGGAGGUGGACGAGUCUCGUGGCAUGCAUAUCUGUGAAGAAGCCGUCAAGAGAUUGAAGACAGACAGAAAGUUCUUCAAGGGCUUCUUUGCAAAAGCGGGGAAGAAAGCUGUGCGUGCGGUGCUCUGGGUGUCUGCUGAUGGCCUGCGGGUCGUAGAUGACAAGACAAAGGAUCUGAUUCUGGACCAGACGAUAGAAAAAGUGUCGUUCUGUGCUCCGGAUCGGAACUUUGAGCAUGCGUUCUCCUACAUCUGCAGGGACGGUACCACGCGCCGCUGGAUCUGCCACUGCUUCAUGGCCAUCAAAGACUCGGGGGAGCGUCUGAGCCAUGCGGUGGGCUGUGCAUUUGCUGCCUGCCUGGAGCGUAAACAGAAGCGGGAGAAGGAGUGCGGCGUCACGGCCACUUUUGACGCCAACCGUACCACCUUCACACGUGAGGGCUCCUUCCGUGUUACCACAGCAACAGAGCAGGCGGAGCGAGAGGAGGUCAUGCGGCAACUACAAGAUGCCAAGAAGGCAGACACAGAGGUUGUGUUGGGUGGCUCUUCUGUCAUUGCGUCUAACCCAGCGGUCACCCUCGCUGGACCCAACGGAUCAUCCUCCUCUCCUCCUCUGCCUAUGGCCUCCCUUGCCCCUCAGGAACCCAAUCCUCACGCCAUCCCCCGACGCCACGCACCUGUGGAGGCCAUCGCUCGCCAAGGUUCGUUCCGGGGUUUCCCAGCGCUCAGUCAAAAAACAUCACCCUUCAAACGGCAGAUGUCACUGCGCAUGAACGAGCUGCCCUCCACCAUGCAGCGCAAGUCUGAUUUCCCCGUGAAAAACACAGUGGUGGAGGUGGAGGGUGAGGGUGACAGCAUCAGCUCUCUGUGCACUCAGAUCACAUCCACCUUUAGUGGACCCCCAGAAGACCCGUUCUCAUCAGCACCCAUGCCCAAACCUGCCUCCUCACCGCAGUCACCCCCUGUGCCAGCUGUAGUCAAUGGUGCGGCUCCUGUCUUCUCACCGCCCAGCAUCUCUGUAACUGCUGCAGUUAACUCCCCAAUCCUACCGCCCCCGCUUCCUGUCAGAGAUACUAACCCCUGGGCCAAGACCCCAAGCACAGCCACCUCGACAGCACAUACAGGUGGUGAGUGGCCGAGUCCUGCAUCUGCAGUCAGCACAACUCUUUCUGAACCUGCCCCCUGUCACAAACGCACACCAUCGGAAGCAGACCGCUGGCUGGAGGAGGUGUCCAAGUCCGUGCGAGUGCCUCAAUCUGCCACAGUCAUCAUGAGAACGGAGACACCUCCUGCUCAACAGACCUUUCCUGUGCCCAUGCCUGUUCCAAUGGCCCCCGGCCCUACUGCACCGUUCAUGCACUCCAUACCAUCUGCGGCCCCUACUGUACCUCCACGCCAGCCGGCAUUUCACGCUCAGGCCCCGGCUUCCUUCCCAGUGUCCAACGGGCUCCCGUUUGUCCAACCAAGCUUUCCGGUGGUCGGAAUCACACCUUCACAGAUGGUAGCCAAUGUGUUUGGUUCCGCCACACAAACCCAACCGAUCCCAGUGCCCGUUCCGGUGGCCCAGACACAGAUUCAGUCUUCACCUUUCUCAACCCCACCAUUAGCCCAGUUUGACACCCAGGGCGUGUGCAGCCCCUUUGGCAAACCAUUCCUACCUCCUGUGUCUAAUGUCCCAGCACCGCCCAUAGGGAGUGCCGCUUUAAAUGGGAUGAAUAGUUGGGCCGCAGUGGCGUCACCCGCGCCGUCUAUGGCUUUGCAGCCACAAACCGAUGCAUUUGAAGCUCAGUGGGCUGCCUUGGAAAGCCGCUCACAGCAACGCACCGCCCCCUCUCCCACAAACCCCUUCUCUAGCGAGCUCCACAAGACAUUUGAGAUCCAGCUCUAAGGAUUGGUGGAGUGGCCAAGAGUCACAAACAGACACUGAAGGACAACUUGAUAGAUGUUAGUGGAGGGACAACAAAAAGGCAAACCACUUCAGCUCCAUUUCUCAUCUUUCGUUUCUUUGUCUGUUCGUUGUGUCUGGUUUUUGCUUGUGACAUGAACAUUGGGGAUGACUGUGUUUAUGGAGGUGCUCCUAGAAUGCUGUUAUUGACAGUACUUGGAUAAAACUAGGCACAUUUGUGUCCGAGAUGAUUUGGAGUGACAAGAUGAUGGUGCCGCAUCUUAAAAAGAAAUCUUUUUAUGCUCUAACAUGACCUCAUAUAGUUCAGUACCCAUACUAACCCAGCUCACGGCGCCCUAGCAGCAGGCUGGAUGACUGCUCCCAACCUUAAAGACAAGGCACUGAGAAUACCUUCCAGGUUCACAAGGUUCUUGUAGAACUUCACAAUCAGAACAGGAAGAAGCAAGAGAAUGCCAAAAUCUUUAUUUUUAUGCAUUAAGUAUAUUUUAAAUAGCUUUGAAAAUGUAACAGAAGAGCUGUAAAUAAUCUUUCCAAAGGUGUGCAGGCUUAUUUUGUGUGCAAACAGGAAAAGAGCAUAUGUAUAAUGCGUGAAGGGACAGUUUAAUUUCUUGUCUUGGAAUUUUUUUAUUUUUUCCUCCAGUUUUAGUCUAUGGUCAUCUUAAUGGUUUGGAUGUUUGUAAAUAGAUAAUCAAUAUGGACCCAGCAUUGGGUUUAAUCACACAGGUUCCAGAAAAUGUUAUCUAUCUUUCAUAUUGUCGUUUUAACCUUGUUUUUUGUACUACUCAUCAGUACUUUGAUUUCUAUUGCCUACAUAUCAUUAUAAUUUUUUUUGGCCAGUUUUAAUUCAUUUUAACACUAUUGACAGUGUCAUCUGUCAAGCCACUUAUGUUUUUAUUUUUUAUUACUAAGAAGAUAUCUAUUCAUGUUAGCACAAGCACUGUACUAAUUGAACAUUUGGCCACUUGUGGUUAAUAAGACAUCAGUCUGGUGAGCAAUUGGUGAGCUGUUAUGAUCACACUUCAUAUCUCUGCAUCCAACUCUAAACUGAUUGCAUUUAAAGGAAUCAGUUGCUUUUUGUUUUUGCUUUUCAUGCAAUCCCAUCAACCCCUUUGUUUUAUCAGACAUAAAGAUGAUUGGUCCUGUUUUUAGGUUUUGAUUCCAUUUUGUAAGUAUUGCAUUGUAUUAUUCCAAUUCUUUACGGGAAAAUUUCAUCUAAAAGAUUGAAUAAAAUGUUGGUGGUAGGGGAAAAUGGUUCUGUCCCACUUCAUUCUUAACAGUUGUUAACAUCCACAUACAAGUUUAAUGAUCUCCAACUGAAUCAAUUUCAUAUCUCAAGUGAAUAAUCAAGUGCUAUUCUGCAACUGAGCAUUCUAAAUUAUGAUUCUGCCAAAAACAAAUAAACAUUCAUAAAACAUGGUUACCACAGAUUUACUAUAGUAACACCUUGGUUUUUAAAACCAUGACCGCUACCCAAUCAUGGUUUUAUAAUAGUAAACCUGAAGUAACCAUGUAACCAUUUUGGUUUUAAAAACCAUGGUAUAUUUACCACAAGUUAACAGGGUGUUACUAUUGUAAAGCUAACCAUGCUUUUUGGGCAGAAUGAUUUACCGGUAUGUUUUAUUGCUGUAAUUUUGGUUUUCCUCUAAUAUUAUAAUUUUACCAUGAAUAUCAUGGUUAAAAUAUGGUUACUUUAGUAAAACCUUGGUAUAUGCCAUGGUUAUGGUUUUACUACAAGUAGUCUCAUCAUUGAACUGUAGUUAGUUUAGUAAAACCAUAGUAAAUUCUGUGGUUACUAUGGUUUUACUACAAAUACCGUAGUUCUACUACGGUUAUUGUUGUUAAUAAAAUCAUGGUUAAUCUUCGUUAUUCAGGUGAUGUUGUCAUGUGCUAUCAGCGCUGGUCAGGAUGGACCAGUCACAGUCAUAUGUGAUUUAUGGAUAAGGAUUUUAAAAAUUUGUUUUUUGAAAUUGUUGGAGGUUGUUAUAUUUGCAUGUCAGGUACCAGUCUUUUGAAUUAAAAUAUUUAAACAAUUAUAAGUUUUAAUGUACAAACAUCUGCAAUAAGACAAUAACCAUCCUUAGAUUUAUUCACAGUAGCGCAAUCUUUAGAUUUUUGAUGGGAAUGAAAACAAGGUGUUGAUGGAUAGACUUAACCUCUCUUCAAUGACAUGCACCGUAUAAAUCUAUCAAAAAGCUACUAGAUCACAUCUAAUUUUCUACAACACAUGUUGAAUGCAGUUUUUGUCUACUGACAUUUUUUGGAAAGAUAUUUUCAAUGUGUCAUCAGCGGAACGAUCAGAAAACUCUUAACAACUGUAUGGUGUAUUGAAGUCCAUUCAAAAAUCAAAGAUGGCGCUUCUGUAAAUAAGGUCAAUGUCUGAGGCUGUGCUGCCAAGCGCCCCCUGCAGGAGUUUUUUGUCACUGGUAAACAGGUUUGAGCCGAUAACGUUUGCCUUCCAUUGCAGUUGUCCUUUCUGGCAUCUUGCUGUGUUUUAUGAAGGGUGAAAGGGAACCCAAAUCCUGUCCGGUGUCUUUGCAUCAAUCAGUGUACCAAGGAUGUAGAUUUGACUUGGACAUUGGGUAGAGGUCUCUGUCAUAUUGUAUGACACACAACUUUUGAAUGACUUCUGGACCCCAUUCAAUCUCUUCUGUUAUUGGUGUGCUUGAUGAGUUGAAGCUGAAUGCAUUUGUGUUUUAGCAUGUGCAUUGUAGAAUCUUGUGUACAGUGCACAUGCAGCUCACAUCCCUGUACAACAUCUGCCCAGGAGAGGUAGUGACAACAUGGUGUAUUCUCAUUGUUGAUGGGACUUUGGUGAUGCUGUCUGGCAUGCCCUUCAUUGCCCUGUCAAUGGAUGCUUCAGUUAUGUAGAACAGUUUAAGAGGUGCCUGUGUGCAACAAAGCCUCAAACAGAUCCAUUGCAUUGUCAUGGCCGUGGCUCACCAACCGAUCCGCACUCCUCUUCAGAACACCUCCAACCCCAGCACCCCUUUCCCGUGGCUGGCCUCAAAGAAAUUCCAUGUUCCAGCUUGGAAUUCCUUUUUGAAGAGGAGGGAGAUGAAGAGGUAGAAGUUCCCCUUCUGGCGGUACUGCGUACAAGGUCCGUCGCUGAGGAAAUGGACCACUGUGACAGCAAGGAAGAGGUUCUUGGAAUAGGACACAAUGGGGCUUAGAUGUUCCCAUAUGGCUGGAGGCCAUUUAGUCAUGAUGGCGAGAUGGUGCUGAAGCACACUGGCUCAGCAUCUGGUCCUACAAUGUGCAGUGUUGCUUGCUCAUGGGAUGCACCAAAUUGCUCUGCCUGGAUCUCAGAUGCAUAUUUACAUAUGUGAUUCUCAAAGAAGUCCACAUGCAUGAUACAUUUGUUCUCAGUCAGGUUCCUCUUCAGUUCCCUGCAGUAUCUGUACUGUUGUCUAAUGUUGAAUGCAUGGCGUUUGAAUUUCACGAGCAUGCCGUUGAAGUGUUCGAUGUUAUCAUCUAGCAUCCUUCUUUUUCACUGUCGUCUUAAAAGUUGUUUCAGUGUUGUUCUUUGUUUGUCCUUUUCUGUACUCUGUGACCCACUGCAUGUAUUCCACCCAGGUGGAGCCUUCAUACUCCCUGAGUCUUUGCAGUUCCCACAGUCAUUAUACAUGCAGUCUUUGUUGG